UGUGUCAAGAAUUAAAUUAAGGAAGUGAUUCAAUUAAAAUGAUAACGAAGAUUCUAACGAUUUUAUGUUUUCUUCAAUUUACAAAUUCGAUACCGGCAAGUCAGCGGAAUAAAUUAAUUUCUCACGCAUUAACCAAAAAUAGACCUGUCAAAAAACCUUUAUAUAUCGAGGAUACGUACUUGAAUUUCACAGAGUUAGCCACAAAAUAUGGAUAUCCGUCAGAACAACAUACUGUGACAACAGAGGAUGGAUAUUUGCUAACUGUUUUCAGAAUACUCCCCAAAUGUCCACUCGCACAACAGUUUCCCGUAAUACUCGGCCAUGGCGUCAUCGACAGUUCAGAUACAUGGAUCUUGACGGGACCAAAGACAGCUCUGGGAUAUAUUUUGUCUAACAAUUGCUACGACGUAUGGGCAGUCAACUACAGAGGAAAUAUAUAUUCUCGCAAGCAUUUACGACUGGAUCCAGAUAAAGAUCGAGCAUAUUGGGAGUUCUCAUUUGAUGAAAAUGGUAAUUAUGAUUUGCCAGCUGUGAUAAACUAUGUGUUAAGUGCUACUAAAAAGUUGAAAGUAUAUUAUGUAGGACAUUCGCAAGGAUCCACCAACUUUUUUGUCAUGGGAUCGUUAAGACCCGACUAUAAUGAAAAAGUACGGCUAUCAGUCCAAUUAGCACCAGUUGCUUGGAUGAAGAAUAUAAAGAGUCCUGUCCCAAAAAUAAUAACGCGACAAUCCAAAGAAAUAAGAACUAUUCUUGAAGAGGUGGGGUUCAAUGAACUUUUCGCUAAACAUCAAAUCACGCAUUUUCUGUCGGAACUUUUAUGUCAAAUAGCCCCCAAUGAAUUGUGUGGUACAAUAUUAGCCUUCUCAACUGGCUACGAGCUAGGAAGCAUAACGUCAUUAAAUUUAGCAAUCGCUGUCGGACAUACAUUCGUUGGUGUUUCCGCAAAAACUCUAGCCCAUUUUGCGCAAUCCAUUGAUUCUGGGCAAUUCCGACGUUAUGAUGAAGGAAAAUUUGAAAAUAUUCGAAAAUAUGGUUCAGCAAAGCCUCCAAGAUAUGACGUAUCUCGCAUUACCUCUCCCAUAGUACUAAUGAGUGCUAAAAAUGAUUGGUUAACACCUGUAGAAGACUUAGAUAUUUUGAUUUCAAGACUGCCAAAUUUAAUUGAAAAUUAUAUUAUACCGGAACCUAGUUGGAGUCACAACAAUCUUGUUUGGGGAGUCAAUGCAACAGAACUGGUAUUCAAGAAAAUUUUAGAUUAUUUCCAAAUAUUCAAUACUUAA